AUGGCAGCCGGUGACAUUGACACACUUAGUGUUGACUCUGUGCCUGGUUCUCUACUCUUUGUUCGUUUUUCCACAGUGAAUUUUCAGGCAGGGGUGUUUACUUCUGAAGAAUCCAUUCAUCCAGAGGUAUUGGAGCUCCUUCUGGACUAUGCCUAUUCGUCAAGAGUGAUAAUAAAUGAGGAGAACGCGGAGUCUCUCCUUGAGGCCGGUGACAUGCUGGAGUUUCAGGACAUCCGUGAUGCUUGUGCCGAGUUCCUGGAGAAGAACCUUCACCCAUCCAACUGCCUGGGCAUGCUGCUUCUCUCAGAUGCUCACCAGUGCACCCAGCUGUUCCAGCUGUCCUGGAGCAUGUGCCUCAGUAACUUCCCUGCUAUCUGCAAGACUGAAGAGUUUCUCCAGCUGCCUAAGGACAUGCUGGUCCAACUGCUGGCACACGAAGAGCUCGAAACCGAGGACGAGCGUCUGGUCUACGAGUCGGCACUUAACUGGGUGAACUACGACCUUGAGAGGAGGCACUGUCACCUUCCAGAGCUGCUCCGUACUGUGCGUCUGGCUCUCCUGCCUGCCAUCUUCCUCAUGGAGAAUGUCUCUACGGAGGAGCUCAUCAUCGCCCAGGCUAAAAGCAAAGAGCUGGUGGACGAGGCCAUCCGCUGCAAACUGCGCAUCUUGCAAAACGACGGCGUCGUCAAUAGUCCUUGCGCCCGGCCCCGCAAGACCAGCCAUGCCCUUUUCCUGUUGGGUGGCCCCACGUUCAUGUGCGACAAGCUCUACCUGGUGGACCAGAAGGCCAAAGAGAUCAUUCCAAAGGCAGACAUCCCCAGUCCACGCAAGGAGUUCAGCGCCUGUGCCAUUGGCUGCAAAGUGUAUGUGACUGGGGGCCGGGGCUCAGAGAACGGUGUGUCUAAAGACGUUUGGGUGUAUGACACAUUACAUGAAGAAUGGUCCAAAGCGGCUCCGAUGCUGAUCGCUCGUUUCGGUCACGGUUCUGCUGAGUUACGCCACUGCCUGUACGUCGUUGGAGGUCACACAGCUGCCACUGGCUGUCUGCCUGCAUCACCAUCUGUGUCCUUGAAGCAGGUAGAGCAGUUUGACCCAGUUGCUAAUAAGUGGAGCAUGGUGGCACCACUGCGAGAAGGAGUUAGCAAUGCUGCUGUCGUCAGCGUUAAGCUGAAGUUAUUCGCCUUCGGUGGGACGAGUGUGGCCCACGACAAGCUGCCUAAAGUUCAGUGCUACGAUCCCUCAGAAAAUCGCUGGGCGGUCCCUGCAUCCUGUCCACAGCCGUGGCGCUACACUGCAGCUGCUGUUCUCGGCAACCAGAUCUUUGUAAUGGGAGGCGACACAGAAUUCUCUGCUUGCUCUGCUUACAAAUUCAGCAGUGAGACUUAUCAGUGGACUAAAGUUGGAGAUGUUACGGCAAAACGAAUGAGCUGCCAAGCGGUGGCCUCUGGAAACAAACUUUAUGUGGUGGGUGGCUACUUUGGUACACAGCGCUGCAAAACCCUGGACUGUUAUGACCCCACGCUGGAUGCCUGGAACAGCAUCACUACCGUACCAUAUUCCUUAAUCCCCACUGCCUUCGUCAGCACCUGGAAACACCUCCCAGCCUGAAGCACGCCUGUUCUCCCCUGUGUGACCCUACUGUUCCUACGAGAAUUCUGUGUGUCCAUUUGUCGAUAUUGUCUACUGGAUUCCAACUGUGAAGAAACGCUAUAGCCUUCCUGUGCAAUUUUAUGAAGAGACUUUCUCCCAUAAGAGCUAGCCUAAAUAUUGUGUACAAAGUCCAGUCGCAAAGCUUUUUUUUCUGCCGCAAGUUUGCCCAUUUUUUUAACUUCCUACUUGGAAGUUUUAAGUACAUUGUGAUGUCUCAUUCUUCAUUUUGUGGAGUAUCAGAACUUGGGCUUCACCGUGAAAACCAAAAGAACUGCGACGCACCCUGAACUCCAGUCUGCUUUCAUCGUAACCAGCAUAAUCAUCAUCUUCGUCCCCCACGUUUGUGUACUCUGACCGUUUUUGUACAAUGCUGAUGCCAUGCAAGCUAAAAUAGACCCGUAUGCCUGUCUUAAUUUGUAUAAUGCAUGAAGGAUGUGGAAGCUUUUGAUUGGGAGAACAACAAGAGUCUCAACGCAUGAUUGGAGAUGUUAAGAUACUCCAGGAAAAGUACCUCAUGUCCUGAUAUGCAUCUACCUUUUCUCCCAUGUUGAUGUUAAAAAUUAGAUCUUGCUCAGAAGAAAGGCUGAUGCGGACUCUUAAUGGACUGAUAAACAUAAAAAAAGGACAGAAGGAAACGUGAGCAAGCAUUUUAUUUUAUUUUUUAAGUAUUUGUCCUUCACACGUCUGUACAAGGAGGACAGGCUGAUGCUGAACUGUUCCUGUUGAACAGACCUUAGCAGCUUGUUGUGAAAAUGGACACGGGCACAGUGUGUCCCAAGGUACACGUGCCAGCUGUGCGAUUGCGACUAAGUGAGUGCGGGAGAGGCAUGUCCCAGCAUGUUCGUCUGAACGAGAGUCCGUCUGACCCCACUCAACACCCAAUCAUACUCCCACCCCCUCAAAAAUAAACAGCGUGAGCAUGCCCUCCGAGAAAGCACCAACAACAAACGCUGUCCUUCCAGCUUCUGUUGACUGACCGACUACAGUUUUACAUUUCUCCCGCACAAGAUUUCAACUGUGCGAGACGCUUCUGUUUUGCCGUUUUUGCCUGUACUAUUCUAAGCACAUACAGUCACGUGAACGACAGAAGGGGAGAGAAAAGAGGUGAGAGUCGUUUCGUCACCCUGCGAGGGAAUGCAGUCUCUAUGGCAAAACAACAAAACUGUAAAUUAAAAAAAAAAAGAACAAGAAAAAAGUGCAAGAAACUGGUUGUCUGGCUUCACAUAUUUCAGUGUCUAUUACUAGUCUUAAUUUAUGAUUUUUUUAAAGCUGUUUGUUUUGUUUGAUCCAUUGUG